AUGAUUCACAACAAUCACUAUUCAGAUAUUGCUUUACAUUUAGAAAAUACAGGUCAGCCAAUGCACAAUGAUCAUUCUAAACUUUACAAUGUAUUACAAGACAAAAUUCAAGAACAAUCUGAAGAAGCAGUAGCUCUUCAUGUCAAUUAUCAAAUGAUUUUAGUUAAUAUUAGAAAAUCCCGAAAGAAGAGAGCCAUCAGACGUUUAAUUAUUCCUCCCAUGCUAUUGAAUGAAAAAUUUGUUGCAAUGGAACUUGUAAAAUCGUGGGCCGGUUAUUUAUGUAAAUUUACUAAUUUUUGUAAUGAUUAUGAUGUGGUACUUGCUGCUGUUUCGAAAAAUGGUUCUAGUCUACAGUUUUUACCGAAAGGUCAUGCAUUUUGUGAUGAUUUUCAAAUUGCUUACCAAGCUGUAAAUUCAAAUUUUACUUCCUAUCAAUAUUUGUCAGAUAAUAUGAAAAUGGAUAGGAGAAUUGUGUUGAGAGCAGUUAAGAGUCAGCUGCCCUAUGGUUUUCUACCAAUCCAAUUUAAAAAGGAUAGAGAAAUCAUGUUGGAAGUGAUGAAAUUUCAAUACUAUGUUGCCUAUAAGGAUUUGGAAGAUUUUCUUGAUGAUGGAGAAAUAGUUAUCAGAGCUAAACGAUACAAUACCUCUUUCAUUGGUAAAUUAUCUGAAAGAUUGAGGAAUGAUUACAGUUUUAUUGAAAAAUGUACACGAGCCAAUCCAGAAAGUUUCUUACAAUUUCCAAAGAAAUAUUGUGAAAACUUUGAAAUUGUAAAAAGGUUUUCGAAAAGCCAUUUACCUCUUUCACAAGUUCCAGAAAUAUGGAGAUCAAACUUGGAAAUUGUUACGAAUUGUGUAUCGAGGAGCGAAAGUGAUAUAGCCCAUCUUCCGCGUAUUGUGUGGAAAAAUGUUGAUUUUCUAUUGCAACUAGUUGCAAAACAUAACUCUCUUGGAUAUUAUAUUUUCUACUUUAUGCCAAAAGGUAGAGUAUCCAUCAUUUUUCUUUUUUGA